AUGCGGGUGGCCAGGAUCGACAUGGCCUUUCGGGAUCGGUGUGCGGACAAGCUGGUGCCUCUGAACAAGUGCCGACGAGCGUCCUUCUUCCUGCCCUGGAAGUGUGAAGAGGAGCGCCAUGCGUAUGAGAAGUGCGAGUACCUGGAGUAUAAGCUCCGGGUGGCAAAGGCCUCUGCAGCGCGACAGGAGGCAUAA